GGCAAAGGGAUUUUUUUUCAGAGAAUGUGAAUGCUACACCUUCUCUACAAGGAGGUUGAACCUUCACCAGUUCCAAGCUCCUUUCAUUAGUGGGGAUGUUCCUGUGCAGCUCUGCUGUAGGUGGAUCUUUUAGUGAGAUGUUGCAAUCAAACUGGUUCCCUGUCGGCCCUGAUUAUCUGGUUGUGCUCCCAGGACUGGCCAUGCCUCAGAGCAGCUGGAAUAUUCAUGGUGCUCUCCAGGUGCUUGCCUUUGUGCCAGCUGCUCAUGGUUUUUCUCAGAAGUGCUUCUUGUUUGAAUUAAGUCAGGUUUUUAUCCAGGUAGGGUUCAGGUAUGGCCAAAACCUGCCUGUGGGACAGCACCCCGGAUUAAUUAGCAGGAGGGGUCACUCUUGAGUUUGUGGAAGGUGGUUUUUGGGGUGGGGAUGAGUGUGGUUGGUCUCAGAAACAAUUACAAGGCUGCGCAAAGUACUUUGCUAUUAUACUGGGGCAAUAUUAUUUUCUACCCAAAUUAAAACUGGCAUAAAUAUUAGAACUUAUUUUGCUUUCCAGCUUCAGCAAAAUGCUGAAGGAGGUUAAGCAUUUCAAGGCUGAAAUAUGGCCCAGAAACUGCUUUAUUCAUAAUGUCUAUUGAAACAGGCAGGACAAUAGAUGUGAGUUUAUCUGGCAACAUAAAAGGUAUUUCAACCUAAAACAUAGUUUGUUUCCACUCUUGCUUUCUGUCAAUUCCCCUUCACACAGGUUUGAAAUACAUUCAGUUUCCUAAUGAUGCAGCAAAGAAUCUUAUUUGUUUUUGUGGUCUCCUAGCUAGAUCAAGUUCCCAGGUGAAUGGAAGAGGUAGACUAGUUAACCUUGAGGGCUUUAUGGAAAAAUGUGUUUAGGGGAUGGCAAUGAAAGGAAGAUGGAGAUGGGCAAGUAAGGUGGCUUUUUUCCCUGGGCUAUUUAUUAUUCAGCUCAAGCAGAAAUCAUGCCUGUUUAGGCAUCCUGUGAAAAGGUCGGGAGGAAUUAAUUUAAUUCUUGAGGGGUAAAAUGAAAUGGAACAUGUGUGGCAGAAGAGGUGAUCUGCAUGACAAGUGCACGUGAUCAUAAACAGCUUUGUUAGCAAGAAGCGGAUGUGUGAGGGAAUGGAAGGUUCUCUCAGAAAACAGCCAGUGAAGCCACAGCACUGUGUGAGUUAAACCUGGCAGAGAUGGUGUCCCUGCCCCAUCCCUCUGUGCUCCACGGUGCUGUGAGUGCUUCUUGUCUCUGCUGCAGGAAGGGAAAGGACCAGUUUGACAACUUAGAAAAACACACGCAGUGGGGUAUUGAUGUUCUGGAAAAGUACAUCAAGUUUGUAAAAGAAAGAACAGAGAUUGAACUCAGCUAUGCAAAGCAGCUUAGGAAUCUUUCAAAGAAAUACCAACCCAAGAAGAACUCCAAAGAGGAGGAAGAAUACAGGUACACAUCAACUAGAGCCUUCCUAGCCACUUUAAAUGAAAUGAAUGACUAUGCUGGACAGCAUGAGGUGAUCUCAGAGAACAUGACCUCUCUGAUCACUGCAGAGUUAACACGCUACGUGCAGGAGCUGAAACAGGAGAGGAAAUCGCACUUCCAUGAUGGCAGAAAGGCACAACAACACAUUGAAACUUGCUGGAAACAACUUGAAGCAAGUAAAAGGCGGUUUGAACGUGAUUGCAAAGAAGCUGAUCGAGCACAGCAAUAUUUUGAGAAAAUGGAUGCUGACAUCAACGUGACAAAAGCAGAUGUUGAAAAGGCAAGACAGCAAGCCCAGCUAAGACAUCAGAUGGCAGAGGACAGCAAAGCUGAAUAUUCUUCCACCCUACAGAAGUUCAACAGUGAGCAGCAUGAGCAUUACUACACACACAUACCAAACAUCUUCCAGAAAAUACAAGAGAUGGAAGAAAGAAGAAUCGUGAGGAUAGGUGAAUCCAUGAAAACCUUCGCAGAAGUCGACCGCCAAGUGAUCCCCAUCAUUGGGAAGUGUCUGGAUGAGAUAACAAAGGCUGCAGAAUCAGUGGAUCACAAGAAUGAUUCCCAGAUGGUAAUAGAAGCCUUUAAAUCGGGGUUCGAGCCUCCGGGAGACGUCGACUUUGAGGAUUUCACACAGCCCAUGAAGAGGACAGUGUCUGAAUCCAGCCUUUCCAACUCCAGAGGGGAUGGGAAGUCAGAGCCCAAGUUCGGUAGCAAAUCCAAGGGCAAGUUAUGGCCAUUCAUCAAGAAAAAUAAGCUUAUGUCCCUUUUAACAUCCCCCCAUCAGCCCCCUCCUCCUCCCCCUGCCUCUGCCUCACCCUCUGCUGUUCCCAACGGCCCCCAGUCUCCCAAGCAGCAAAAGGAACCCCUCUCCCAUCGCUUCAACGAGUUCAUGACCUCCAAACCCAAAAUCCACUGCUUCAGGAGCCUAAAGCGCGGGCAGACACAGUCUUUGUAUAUUCACAAAGAACUCAUGAAGAGGACUUUAGGGACACCCACGUGUGCCGUUGAGGCUAGGGAAUAUGUUCUUUCUCUCAAGCUGAUAAAUCUGAAUACACAGGUCUGGAGUCUAAUAGAGGGAGCAGGCCCAGAAGACUUCAGCAAUCUCCCCCCUGAGCAAAGAAGGAAGAAGCUUCAGCAAAAGGUCGAUGAACUAAACAGGGACAUUCAGAAAGAGAUGGAUUCAAGAGAUGCCUUAACAAAGAUGAAAGACGUGUACAUCAAGAACCCCCAGAUGGGAGACGCAGCGAGCGUGGACCACAGAUUGGCAGAGCUUGGGCAGAACAUUGAAAAGCUGCGACUAGAAGUUCAGAAAUUCGAGGGCUGGCUGGCGGAGGUGGAGGGGCGGCUGCCAGCGCGGAGCGAGCAGCCCCGGCGCCAGAGCGGGGUCUACGAGGCACAGAACCCAUCAGGAGUGAACAGCUGUGCCCAGGACAGGGAGAGCAGCCCCGAUGGCAGUUACACAGAAGAGCAAAGCCAGGAGACUGAGAUGAAAGUACCUGCAACAGACUUUGACGAUGAGUUUGAUGAUGAAGAACCACUACCCACCAUAGGAACGUGUAAAGCUCUCUAUACAUUUGAAGGUCAGAAUGAAGGAACAAUCUCUGUGGCAGAGGGAGAAUUGCUCUAUGUGAUAGAAGAAGACAAAGGGGACGGGUGGACGCGGAUCCGAAGGAACGAAGAUGAGGAGGGCUAUGUGCCCACGUCCUAUGUUGAAGUCUAUUUGGACAAAAAUGCCAAAGAUUCCUAAAGGUGUUUGUGCUGGUGCAAGAACCUCGGGGCGAGCUUGUCACAGAAGGAGAAACAAAAUGGUCUGUUUACCCUGCAGGCAGUUAAAACACACCCAUGGAAAGCCAGACUCCCACUCUUGUCUGGAGUUCCCACUUGAAAAAUUCAGACCUAAAUUCCAUCCCAGUACCACUCAGAUGCUUGCUCUUUUCCAUGGCAUGCUACUUGUGGCUCAGAUUUCCUUAUCAGCCUCUCCCACUCUUCUGCCAGCCUGGCACAGCCCCUCUGUCAAACAUAACACACACUUCUCCCAGCCCAAUCCCUCCCAACUUCUGUCAGAGAGCUGCUGGCUGCCCUUGGAUAGCCAGAGAGUCCCAAGCAUGUUCUGGUCUGUCCUGUGUCCCCUCGUCCCUCAGUCCAUCUGGAUGUGCACACUGGUCCAUCAGCAUUUCACUCGGUGCCUUCAGUGCUGAUCCUGCAGGUCCUCUCACCAGAGAGCCUGGGAAGGAGGAGGGAAACCUCCCCUGGGACAGUGGUACAGCAGCUGGACUGGCCUCUCAGUCUGUUAAACCUGAUCCACGUGCACCAUUCAGCAUUCUGCCUUCCCCAAAAGGUCACUAAUGCUUGUCAGCCUUUAUUUCUCUUUUUUCAAAUCCAGGCUGAUGCUCAUUCCAGGUAUUAAACCCCUCUGACCCUGCUGUUUCCUGAAACCCUUCAAGCUCACGUAUGUACUUGUUUUCCUGCUUGUUCUGUCUGCCCCCUGCCGUGUCCCUGCUGCUCCUCACACGCACACAGACACACACAGACACAGACAGUGGCAUUUUGGUUGGCAGCCCUUGCUGCUGCUCACAGGCCCCGUUUGGCUCUGGUUUCAGCCUGCAUGCUCGCCCUGUUGCCUUGCCUGCGCCCACCUUCCUCAGGGUCACGUUAUUUUGUGGCUCGUGGUUUAAUCUCUCUGCAGUUUUCUGUUGGUCGGUUUGUUUUGCAGCAUUUCAGACCUGCCUUCUCUUUUUGCAUGACCUCCUGCGCGUUCUCAUCAGCUCAUGUUGGAAUAACAGAGUUUUUUAGAUAAAUAAAAGAGGAAAGAAAAAAAAAAAGAAACUGCACUAUUUCCUUCUCCCACCUUGUCAUGGACUGGACCUGGACCCAGCAGCCAGACAGGAAUUGUGACCACCCCGUUCUCACAUGGUUUGGUUUGAAGCAGAAGUAGGAUAAGUGAUUCUGCACUUUAUCAUGUCAUACAGUGGUAAGAGCUACAAUAUCUCCAAAAAUCACAUGAUCUGGACUUCAGCGGCCUAACAAAGGGUUAAUUUCCUCUCUAAACCUCUGCAAACUUCCAUAUUCUAACUGGGUUUCCCCUGAAUUGUUACCAUUGCUUGGGUUUUGCAGUCAUGGACAUUUUUGAGCCCUGCAAGAAUCAGUUGCCACUAAAUAGCUCCUGAGGGCCAAAUUAAUUCAUGGAUCCACACCUCGUUGGGGGGAAUCCACUGGCUCUAGUCCAACUCCAGCAUCUUCUGUACAAUCCCACAAGUUGAGAAAUGUUACAUGGAAGCCACUAUGGGCAGUGACCCCAAAAUGAAACCUCUCAGGGUUUGUUUGCAGGCAGGUGAGUGUUGUCCUGCUGCCUGCUGGGUUGUCCUGCAGGGUCAGCACAUCAAAACACAGCCCAGAAUCUCAGACUCUCCAUGCUGGGGAUGGCCUGGGCUGUCCCCACAGGGGAUGAAGUGAUUUUUGAGCUGGGCUACGUGUGGUGUUUGUAAUUCUGUCCCUUUGCCUCCAUUUAAGAUGCCAACUUUUGUUUUUACCAAGUCCCUUGGUGCUGCAGUACGUGCUGUAGCUGUUGUCUGAUGGUGCUUAAGAGUUGCCAGCAUGAACCAGCAGAAGGUUUGUGAUUUAAACCCAACCCAAACGUGCUGAGCACAGGCAGCACCAAUGCUGGGGCUGUCCUGCUGCAGGCCUGGAGGGUCAGAACCCAUAAAUCACUGCCUUAUCACUGCUGCUGCUGCGGUCACGGAGCUGUUCGGAUCAAGAGCAGAAUGGGAUCCCCGUGGUUGGCACCUGUGGCUUUGUGCAAAGGCUUCGUGGUCUCCAGCUGCCAGGGGAUCUAAAGGGUUGAACAAUUAACAGGUGUGCAAAAAUAUCCUUAAACUAUUUUUAGCUGCAGUAUUUUUAUUCUCGUGUCCAAUGCACUGUCGAAUCAGCAGCUAAGAAUUCGUUUUCACCUAUUGUUGUGCCAUCUAUGUAAAAAUUAGAUCAAAGUUUGCUUUUCUAUAUUUAAUCUGGGUGGACAGUAUAUUAUUGUCAGCCUCUGUGGAACAUUGGAACAAUUGCAAUGUCUGUGUUUCGAAAUUGUGCUGUAGAAGGAGCAUUAGCUUUAGCUGACUGACUGAGUCCUGAAGUUUUAUUAAAAGACCAUGUAUGGAGUUUUUAUAAACUUGGCAAGUAGUUCCCAAAAGCCUGAAUCUUAAAACUUAUUUAAGAAAUAGUCACAGUCAUAUCUCAUAGUCUGCACAUGUUUAUUCUGCUGCUGUUAUUCAGGGUAAUGAAUAAUUUUUGUAGAAUUUACCUUUGGCAAAUGCUGAAGAACUAAAUAUGUGACUGGUUUAUAAAAACUCUGCUUGGAUUUACUAAUCUUGCCCAGCAGCGUGGACUGUACAUCCUAUGAAAUUUCACGAUCCCCAGCAAAAGUCUCUAAUGCCCUUUCUUAACACCUGUAAAUAGAGAAGAAACAUAUUUACUGAUACUCAAAGUUGUGUUUAAUGCUGAGUAUUUUUCAGAAGUUCAUUUAGUUUGAUGCAUAUUGUUCUUUGGGUUCUUUGUUUUCCUGCCUGAAAUGUCAGAAGACCUAAAAGAAGCCAAAUUCUAUUUUAACAUGACGAUGUCGAGCACUUUUUUAUUUGUAUAUGUGUGUGUAUGUGUGUUUGAGCACUGAUCUCGAGAUCUUGGUGGCAUCUCAGUGUUGUGAUUUCAUUGCCAAUGUAAAAGGUUCUGGUGUUGCCCAUUCAUUUCUGGAGACAGAAUUCAAUCAAAUAAAGUGCUUCCAUUUGAAAGCGAAUAUUGACCUUGUAGCAAUGAAACAAAGUCAUCUGCAUAUUUAAAUAAACAUUUAAUUCCAGAAAUACAGUUUCACUGUACCCUUUUGAUCAGCCAGACAGGAAGAGAAGUGGAUUUGUUGGGUUUUUUUUUUCCCCAACAGAAAAGCUGGUGCCUCUUUGCUGGGGCUCUUGGGGCUGCUGAGGUGCAGCCGUCACUCUCCAGGAGCUGCUGCUUCCCACAGAUGUGUCCAGUGGAGAGUGGGAAUUUGAAUUUGCCUGUGGCUGCUGCUUCAGCCACAGAGAAAUUCAGGCUAAAUCUCCCCAGAGCUGCUCUCUUACUCCUCGUUAUUCUUCCUGACUCUGGGGUGGAUUUGGGUUUUGCUCCCAGCUGUAAAAUGUACACGGAACAAGUGCAUCACACAUUCCAGCGUGGUGCUGUUCCCAGCUCUCUCCUCAGAAAACUGAGGACACCUUUUCACUUGUGGUACCUGUUGGCUUUUGUUUUUUAUUUUAUAUUAUUUCCUACUGGAAUUUUCAGGAGUAAUAAUUUGGCUCUGUCUGUACCUCUGACUGUCCCACAGAGCUGGGUCCCAUCAGGUCACUUUGAGAUUUGAUUUUAUCAAACUUUGACCUUUCCAGCUGGCACUGAAGAGAGAAUGAAGUGGUUGGGUUGUUUGUUUGGUUGGUUUUUUUUAACUUCUUCACGUGAGGAGAAAGAAAAAUGGGCUGUUGUGGCUGGAGUUGGUGUUGGGAAGGGCAGGUGGUUUGUGCUUUCUCAGAAGGGCCUAUGAGGACUGGAAACCUGGGGGAAAGAUUUCAUCCAAAGGGAGAGCUGAACCGUGGGAUGCCUGUGGUGAAUGCUCUGGUUUAGGAAGUCUUGGCAGAUGUUUUUGAUGCUGAUUGGUUUUAUUUUAAAAGUCAGGCUGUUGCAAGCCAGGUAAGGAAUGGUUUGGGCAGGGAUGUGUGGAUGUGCUUGUGUGUCCAACACAGCAGUGCCUCCCUUCAGCAGGUAAUCCAAAAACCAGGCCCAUUUCACUCUGGCUGAGGUGUACAAUUCCAUUCUGGUGUGCAGGGUUGGGAAUAAUGUGCGUGUGUCUCUAGCUGAGAGAAAAGCCCUCAGCUCCUGGCCAGCUUCUCCAUCACCCCUGGGUCCAGGUGACUGCAAAGAGCCCAUCCAAGAGCCAAGAAGGUUUGCAGGUUUCCCACUCAGUAGGUGACACCUGAUGCUCCUUUCAUCUGGCAAACAAUCUCGAGAUUAUUUUUGUUUAAUACAGUCAAGCUGCUACAUUUCUUCAGCAGGAUCUCAGUUGUUCUUUGCCAGCACUAAUUAACAUCCCUGUCAGCUCAGGACAGACCAGGGCUGUUUGUGGCAGGCUGCUGCUCUUUGGUUUUGGGCAAUAAUGAAUAGGAGGGGGUGUUCCUCUGGCUCUGGCUUGGAUUUAUCUUUCACAGAAUCAGCACUGCUGACUUAAAAUAGAAAAGGCACAACCAAAGGGGUGGGGGAGAGCUGGGGGUGUAGAGCUGAGCAAAAAGGGAGAAGAAAAUGAAAUGAGGUUUUUGUAUGAAGUGUUUGUGUCGCAGUUACACCAGAGCAAUGGCUCUGCUCCCAGAACAGGAGCAGCACACAGGAACUGAACUGAGGGCAGGGAGCAGAUCAUCUAACACUGAGGUUUGCUCCAUCAGUCCCCACUGCAUGAACAGUUCUUUCUGCUCCUCUUUUUUGCAAUUAGCAAAGGGACCUGAUAAAAAAAGGGGGAAAUUAUUUGCAAAGAGAACUGAUAAGAGAUCAGCACUGGCAGUGGCUCCCAGAGCUGUGUCUGAGGUGUGCUCAGAAAUGCCUCCAGUGGAGCUGGAGGAAAGCAAGGCUGCAGUUGGAGCUCAGAUGAAUUCAGGAUGCAGAGCUAACCCUCCAGUCCUUGACCAUGCAGAGCUAACCCAGAGCAGGGUCAGGACUUUGCCAGAGCAGCCCUGGAACUGUUUGUGUGGACCUUGAGCAGUCCCUGAGGGCAGUUUGGUGUCUGGGAAGGUUUGGAGCUGAUCAGUUGCUCAGGUGAGACAUUUGUUUGGAAGAUCCAAGUUUGGACAGCUGACUCCAAGCUGCUUAAGAACAAACUGCAUCUUCUUAUUACCCAGCUCCAGCUCUGCCUCUUCAAACCCUUCAGGCUCCAGCUGAGGCUGCAUCACUCACUCGGGAGGGAAUUCCUGCUGCUCCAGCCCCUGGGGCUGCUUUAGAAACUGUUAAUUGGCAGUGCCAGAGCCUGCUGUUCCCUGGGAACAGGCUGCUGUGUUACCAAGGCAGGGGAAUGGACCAGCAGGGAGAUUUGGCCAUGCAACAGUGCCAGGAAACUCUUGUGGAAUCCUGGAACAGCUCAAUGAAACAUCAACUCCUUCCCUUGCAAGUUCCUUCCAGGAUCAUGCUAUUGUCAAGGAGAAGCACAGGCACACCCCAGGCUUUCUGAGGCACUCUCAGGUGCAAUGGGGUUAAUGAAAGGUGCAGGGAGUCUGAAGGGGCACAGGAUGGUUUAGUGGCCUCAGACUCCUCUUGCUGCUGCCCAGAAGGAUCUGUCCCCACACACCUCUGGUCAGCAGGAAGCUUGGAUUUUAUUUUACAUUGGAUUUUUUUUCUUCCUUCCCCACCCUGCUCCCUGGAGCUGUCAGCCCCUCUCAGCAGGCAAGGCAGGCCUUGUUGAAUGCACAUGUAUUUAUUGUACCACUUUCAGCACAAGGUCUAACACUGAAGCACAGGAGUGUCAUUACAGUGUGUACAGCACCCUCUGGAACACAGACAACACAGACAUGCAGCCCUGCAGGCUCUGCAGCACAGCCCCGGGCUGCUGCACUGGGGAAUAAAGACAGCUUGUAACAAUGAGAAUCUCAACAGUGGCUCAUUCUCUGCCCUCCCCUGGGGGCUGGCUGGGUCUAAACAAGCAUCCCAUGAACAGAAUUGUAAAAUUAACAUGCUGAAUCAAUUAUAGAUGGUUUUUAAAGAAGUUGCUUUUUGCAACAAAUACUUGA